AUGAAUUCGAGGGCUGGUCCGCCGUUGGAGGGUCCGGAGAAGGUGGUCGGGCGGAGCACAGCGGGCUGUCGUGCUUCUGCGGAGUGUGCUGAGCGGACACGGACACGGGAGGAGCUGCGUGGGCGUGGUAGGCAAAAGGACCCCGGUAGUGACUGUGAAAGCGAUGGACGUCCGUGGCAGCCACGUUGGCGGAUGACGUGGGACGCCGAGACGUCCCGGAUGGGGAGCAAGCGUCCUAUAUGGUGUUCGCGAGGCAGAGGCAGAGGCACGGCUGCAGCGCUGCGGAGCGAGGGCAGUCGCGCAGGUGCAGUGGUUGGGCGAGAGGCGCUGGUUGAUCCCGCGCACACGCUACGACCAGGUGAGCAGCACGCUCAUAGCAGCGAAAGGAGCCACGCGUGGCCAGUGGCGGAUGGCGGAUGGCGGAUGGCGGAUGGCGGAUGGCGAGCUGAGGGCGGGCGGCUGCGCGCUGGUUGUACUGUAGUGGGCUGUAGUGGAGGGAGCAAAGGCGCAAUGCAGAGGCCAGGCCUCGAUCAGCCGGCUGAUGAGAUUAGCGAUGGUGAGGAGGGCGAGGAUGACUUGGCGGCCGGUCAGGUGUGUGCGGGCCUAUGGCAUCGAGCGACAGGACUGGAGAAGCAGAGAGCCUGGCCUGGCCGCGAUCAGGGCGUGACGAGAGAUAUAGGCGGUGACAACACUAUGAACGGGCCUCCUGCGCUGGGCCGCACGCGCACCAGCAUGAGCACGCGCACCAGCACCAGCAAGACAUGCGACCUGAACGUUAUUAGUGCGAGCGAGCCUGCGCCUGCGAGGUGCGGUGCGCCGGGUGCGGUGCAUCAUCGCGCGCAGGCCCAUGCUAUGCCAUGCCAUGCCAUGCCAUGCUAUGCCCCAUGCCAUGCCAUGCCCCAGGCCCGGCCCCCAGGCUGCUUCUCUGCGGAGCCUGACCUGUCCGCCAUCUGCCAUCUGCCAUCUGCCAUCUGCACAUCUGCACCGGCAACGGCUUGCGGAAGCGGAAGUGACUUCGCAGAGGAGCCGGCCCGCGGCGCCGGGAGCCACGACUGGGUGGGUGCUGUGCUGCGUGCUGCGUGCUGCGUGCUGCAGCCAGAGCCAGAGCCAGAGCCAGAGCCUACGAACGGCAAGCGCAAGCAACCCGGAUGCACUACUGUAGCGUUUGAUGAGCAGGCCUCGAAGCCUAGUAUGUCCGCGCCAGGCUCGCCCGGUUUCGCGCAAACCCACUCCUCUGGUCCAGGUACCUUCGAUACAAGCCGUCGCAUCGGCGCGGCGCCUUGCCGGCUGGCGGUCGCCCUGACCUGCGCUAGGCCAUCCUGGGGCCACGCGCUUGGUCAUACCUCACGCUGCAUACAUGUAUGUAUUAUUGGAGAAGCCUGUCGUCUAGCCCGUCUGUCCAAUUAUCCCUCCGUCCUGGCCGUCCAUCCACAUGGCCUGAACCAACAGACAGAGCCAACACCACGUCCGCAGAAGGACGCUGCACUUAACAUGACGCCCUGUGACGAAGACUACUCCGUACACCGCACAGCUAGUGCACACGGCACUUGUUCGACUCGGCGCCGCGCCCAUCGAUUUCAUGCAGCCGUUGUUGUCCUCAUCAAAGCCUCCCGAAACACGCGCUGGCAUACGCUAUCGCUCCCUCGCUCACUCCUUCACGAUGCCUCCAUCGCUUGCACGCUUCUGCAACCUGCACAACGCGUCUGUCGCCUCGCCUCGGGGCCGCAGGAGAGCACCACGACCACGAUGCACGCAGAAUCACGCCCAGCACUGACGGCACUCGCAGCACAGCGAAGAUUAUUGCCCAAUAAUGUGCUGCUGAUGACUUGCACCGUCCCUUUCCCUUUCCCUUUCCCGUCGUCGCCGCCUGCAGAUCACGAUGUUGGGCCCUUGCCAAAGUCGCCAUCGUCUUUGCGAGAUUGGCUGUUGGCGCCUGCGACAUCCCAGCACACCUUAAGACCCGAUCGAGCGGAUCAAGUUGAGAACCUUCGCUUCUGUCACGGCUUUUUCGUGGCGCUGGCGCUGCCGUUUCUCACCUCUCACCUCACACCUCACACCUUUCCCUUCCCUUCCCUUCCCUUCCCGCCCGCUAGCUCUGACGCUGCACCAAUGGCCCAACCUUGCGCGCAGGCGGAGCAGGUCAACGCAUGCCCGACCCUCAGACGAAAUCUUGCGCCUUCCAUUGGCUGCGCACCCCGAUAUUUCGUGACGUGCACCUAUCACAAAUCGUUGCAUGCGGUGCCAGCGCAGCGAUGGAACAGAAGAAGCAACAGUACAGCCUACGACAGCGCCCGCCACGGCAUACACGCGCGCGCCCGCUUAUCAUUCCCCUGA